ACAAGGCUUCCAAGACUGCAAACUUGGUCACACAGAGCACUGCCUGCUGUCUUCCCGCGCCGGGUGGAUGCUGCUGCCGAUGUGCCACAUCUGGCGUGCCAGCGCUCUGCAGCAGUGACAUCACGGCGCUAUCUCGGCAGGGCGGGGAGAGCCGGGCGCGCCUCCUCGGGCAGCUCUGCCCCGCCGCACGCCGCUGCCGACCGAGAGAAGCAUUCCCCAGUCUCUCCUCCCCAGUGAGUACCAGGGAUGGAUGCGUUCCAAACAAUCCUGAAGUUCUUUAUGAACCGGAAAACCGCCAUAGGUUACAGUUUUAUGGCGCUGCUGACAAUGGGAGGUGAACGUGUGUUUUCUCUUGUUGCUUUCAGAUGCCCUUGCAGCAACGAAAACUUCAGGUACGGUUUGGUAUUUCUCUUCUCGCCAGCUCUUGUUUUGCUGGUUAUUGGAUACUUCUUGAACAGCAAGACCUGGAAACUCUUUACAGGCUGCUGGGUGAAUCCCAGGAAAAUAUUCCCCAGAGGGAAUAUCUGCCAUUUCUUUUACGUCUUUGGACAAAUCACUUUAAAUGCUCUGGUAGCCCCAGUGAUGUGGCUGUCCGUGGCUUUGCUCAACGGGACUUUUUACGAAUGUGCCAUGAGUGGCUUGAAAAAUCCUGCCUACUUACAAGCAGUUUGCCACAGCAAAUCGGAGAGCUGCUUUGAAGAGCUACACAAGGUAGCCUGUGACAAAAGCUCCCUGCCCUUUUCAGAGAGUGAUGAACUGAAAAGAACACUUCAAGCACAGUCCCAGAUUUUAGGCUGGUGUGUGAUAGUUACCACAGCUCUCCUCUCCCUGCUAACCACUUGCUGUGCCAGCUGCCAGUCAAAAGUCAGCCACCUCCAGCUGAUGUUCUGGAGAGUGUAUGAGGGGACAGAGAAGGAGCAACUGGAGCAGAUUUUCCAGCUGUAUGCCACCAAGCUGAGCGAGCGAAACCUGAAGUGCUUUUUUGAAAACAAGGAACCAGAACCCAUUUCCCUGCCAGCUUUCCAGGCAUGGGAAGAUGCUUCCCAGCUCCACUCUUUCAGCAGCAGCAAACAGCAUUAUAGCACGAUCCACAAGCUAGUUGAGGAAGGCCUGAAAGGAACCAGUGAGGAAAGAGAGACAAUGCUGGACCUUGCGGACAGAAGGGAAGUACCAUAGACCAAGUAUAUUUUCAGCUUUUUUUUGUAUCUUGUUAAUAGGCAUAUUUCUAUCUGGUUUCAUCUCUAUGUUUUUUUCACAAUGGCCUCUUUCUUCUUCAUCAUGUUUCCUCCCAGUUAGUUACUUGCUCCAAAAUGAUGGAAUGAAAUUAUUUCCCUACAUGAGUGAAAAGGCUGCAGUACUCCACAGCACCCAGGGUUCAAGUCACUAGGUCAGCAUCAAGAGCUCACAGUACCACAAAAGGAGUAAUGGCUUCUACAAGAGGGUUUUAGCAAUAUGCUAUGUAAAAUGUGCUAAAAAUGCUAUGUAAAAUAGUGUGCUUGUCCUAUGUAAAUAUAGAGACUGUCAACAAGUAAAGUCAUUUAAAGUGUGUGAAUAUAAUCACAA